AUGUGAGUUGUCUUAAUGAGAAGUUCUGUUGCAAUCAAUUGUGUUUUCCCGACAUCCUGCACUGUGUGUAUAUAAGAGUUUCUGAAGUAGGAAGUGAAGGUGAUUCUACACUCUAGAGAGCAUGGAGACAUCUGUGGACCCGACAAUGGAUCAAGUCUCAUACACUCAGAGUAACCCACUGUUUGAAAUGUCACUCAGCAGGACUGAUCUCUACACUUCCCAGCCUGAUUAUCUGAAGCCAGCGAGGCCCAGAAGACAGUGGUGUUUUAAUGUGAUUGUUGUGUAUCUCAUCUUGCAGACUGCCCUUAAUGCCUUUCUCAUUUAUAAAGUUUUUAAGUUGGAGUCUCUAAUGUCUAACCCCAGGUCCGAGAAAGUGACGUCCAAUCACAUCCCUCUGUAUGAUGGUGACAACAUCCAAACUCUCCUCUACAACAACAGUCAAGAAACCAAGACCCUUAAGGGCCACCUGUGGGCCCUGAAGAACCAGGUCACCAGCCUGUGUGGAGAGGAGGGUCAGUUUAACAAGCUGCAGUCUGACCUGAACCUGCUCAACACCAGCACCCUCAACCUGGAGAGCAAAGUGACCACCAUCAGCCUCAAACCGGGACCUCCUGGUACUCCGGGUACAGCUGGAGCGCACGGUAUUCCAGGCUUGCCAGGGAUGAAAGGAAUGAAAGGUGUUGCGGGCCCUCCAGGACCAAAGGGUGAAAUGGGACUCAAAGGACAACCUGGAGAACCAGGAGUUGCCGGUCCAAUUGGUCCCAGCGGUUCACCUGGAAUCCCAGGACCACCAGGGAAUCAAGGUCCAGGUGCAAAGGGAGAGAAAGGAGAUCCCGGUGUCCCAGGUGUAAUGGGACCUCCAGGCUUCAAUGGAACUCAAGGUCGUCCCGGACUACCAGGUCCAAAAGGAGACAAGGGAGACCAAGGAAACGCACCAGAGCUGACUGUGCGUCUCGUGCCGGGGAAAUCCCGAGGGCGAGUGGAAGUGAAGUACAAUGGGGUCUGGGGCACCGUGUGCGACGACAACUUUGACACUGUGGAUGGCAAGGUGAUCUGUAAGAUGCUGGGCUUCCAACAUGCCAUUAGCACCUACAUUGCCCCCCCAGGCUCUGGUAGGAUCUGGCUGGAUGAGCUGAGAUGUGUAGGAACAGAGUCGGACAUCUUUAGCUGCCUACACAGCGGAAUUGGUGUUAACAACUGCCAACAUAACGAGGAUGCCGGAGUGCAAUGUGUGUAGACUGAAACGACGGCAAAGACCAACAAAAAUUUGAAGAAAUGGUGUUUCAACUUCUACACAUAAACAUGAAGUGACAAAUUGACUGACAGGCAUUACACACACACACACAGACAGACACAGACGCGCACAGACACACACACUCACACACACACACACACACACACACACACACACACACACACAAACACACACCACAUGCCUACGUUUUAACUGGGGAUAUUAGCAGAGAACAAUGCUGCUACUAAUGAUGUUCACAGCUGGAUCUCAUUACAUAUUAAUAAAAUACAGCUUAUAGAAUUGCAUGCAGUUCAGAGUUUCACUUUAAGUUUCACUUUCAUUACUAAACUCAUUAGCUUAAAUUGCAAUUGUACUGUAAACAAAAUAUCAUGGCAAUAAAAAUUCUCAGGCAUCAUUUC